AUGACGUGUCUCCCUCCAGAGCUCCUCGAGUCCAUUGUCGCUGCAAUACCUAAAAAUAAUCCGCGAACGGUAAAAUCCUGCUGCCUUGCCGCAUCUGUCUUCCGCCCUGUAUGCCAAAAGCGCUUAUUCCGGCGCCUCUUCUUGGCCUCCCGGCUGAUAAUCGGAGAUGUCGACGACCCAGAGCCCAACGAAGACGAAUUCAGCUUUCCUCGGUGCUGGCGCACGUACUCCUCCAUUAUCGCGCUCUGGAGCAGGGCGCCUCGUCUUGCCGCAUACACAAACUCCAUUGUCCUUACAAUGUAUAACUCCUCGUCUACCACAAAAUCUAACUGGCGGGCUGAGCGCUCCGCGGCAGCAACCGUGCUCGCGCAGCUGAUGGAGCUGCAGGAGGUCAAGAUCUGGGACUGUGGAGAGUACAAAUGGGGGCGCCCAUGCGCGGACAACGAUAUUGUCGAAAUGCUGCUCCACAAAUACUCCCACCCCCAGUGCAAACUGAAGCGGUUUGAGCUGGACAGCUUAUUCGCUACUCAUGUCCCAUCGGAGACGCUGCUGAAAAUGCUAGCUGUGGCCGACUCCGUCAAGUACUUCGCGGUCGAGCCAGAGAAUGACGAUACAUGGCUGGAGCCAACACCCAUCGAAACAACGCCGCUUCAAGUUGUGGCGCUAGUGGUGUCAGGAUCCAUGCUGGGCCCGAGCUUCCUUCAUCAUGCCAACCUCGCUCCUCACUUGAGCGCCCUUUCAAGCCUGACCCUGCACAGGGUAUACGAACAAGAAGACCUGACAUUAUGUUUCCGUGCCGCAGACUCGCUGGAAACCCUUAAGCUAAUAUUCUACAAUCCAUUUGCGAGUACUGAAACACAGUUUGUGCUCCCAACGCACUUCCCGCGGCUUCGGCGACUCGACCUCCAUCCGGGUCCGCUACUACCCGGCCAUAUAGAACACAUACCGAUCCCGAUUAUUGACAUUCUCCAACCCCUUGCUGCACCACUGCUUACCGGCGUGACUUUACGCUUCUCGCUACCCUUCUCUACUGGUUGGCUCCUCCUAACCGAUUAUCCGUGGCCGACUCUAGCCAGCUUUGUCGACCUAUACACCCUUGACCCCGUUUUCUUCACAGCGCUCGACGAUGCCAUCGCUGGACACCCGUCAUUGAAAUCCUUUGAGUAUGCCUUCAACUGGUGUCAUUCUUCAAGUUCCGUUUACCCUGCUCCGCGCUCACUGGCCGGCUGGCAGGACCCCCCGAUGCAGUAUAUCGACGUGCUGGCGACAAAGCUGGCCGACGCGCUGCCAAAGACGGCAAAGUUGGGUGUUUUGAAUAUUGUGAGCAAGGAGGAGCGUCAGACCUCGCACCUUGAGGAGGUUUUUCAGUAG